AUGCCACCCAAGGGGAAGAAACCCGCGCCUGCGCCUUUUCCGCAAGGAAAGGCCGGUGCUAACAAAAAGGCUGCCAAGAACCCUCUCCUCGAGAAGCGUCCCCGAAACUUCGGCAUUGGUCAAGAUGUCCAGCCUAAGCGCAACCUCUCUCGCAUGGUCAAAUGGCCAGAGUACAUCCGCCUGCAACGCCAGAAGAAGAUUUUGAACAUGCGCCUCAAGGUUCCCCCUGCGAUUGCUCAGUUUCAGAACACUCUCGACCGGAACACCGCGGCGCAAUGCUUCAAGCUCUUGAACAAGUACCGCCCUGAAACCAAGGUCCAGAAGAAAGAGAGACUGCACCAGGAGGCCACCGCUGUGCAAGAGGGAAAGAAGAAGGAGGACGUGAGCAAGAAACCCUACACGGUCAAAUACGGCCUCAACCACGUCGUCGGUCUCAUCGAAGCCAAGAAAGCCUCGCUGGUCCUGAUCCCGAAUGACGUCGAUCCCAUCGAGCUUGUUGUCUUCCUUCCUGCUCUCUGCCGAAAGAUGGGUGUUCCCUACGCCAUCAUCAAGGGCAAAGCCCGUCUCGGCACCGUGGUCCACAAGAAGACCGCCGCCGUACUGGCCCUGACGGAAGUCAAGGGCGAGGAUAAGUCAGAGUUGUCCAAGCUGGUCAACACCAUCAACGAGGGCUACGCCAACAAGUACGAGGAGCACCGGAGACACUGGGGUGGUGGCAUCAUGGGUGUCAAGGCCGUUGCACGUACGGAGAAGAAGAGGAAGGCGAUCGAGAGUGCCAUCAAGAUCUAA